AUGCUCUGCUUCCGAGCGAUGUUCUUACACCUGUUCGGCCUGUGCAUGAUAUCUUCCACUGUUCUUAAUGUGGUAGCCAGUCCCAUCUUUCAUGAAGGAGCCCUCCUUGUAUCGAGAGCCGACAAUUACCAUGGCUCUGCAGCUCAAGCGAGUUCUACUGUUUCUCAUCCUGUUCAGUAUGAUAAAUGGGAGCACGAUAAGGACGGGAUGAUGUUUUGGGACGGAGAUCCUGUGGAGGACAGUCCUGAAGUCCUUGAGGUUUUGGGAAAACCGAAUAAUGAAGUUAAAGAUCUCGCUAUUGCGAUAUAUCGAUCCAGAGGACGAAACACACCAGAUUCUCAGAAGAAAUACUGGCUUUGCGUGGGUAGCAGAUGUCUACGAGCUAACAAGGAUCCUAAAGCACCAAGCAAUCUACUCUCCGACGUGAUCAUCGGGCGCGGAACCAUGCAACAAUUGAAGGACUUGGGCAAGAUCUCUUUCACAGACCUCGAUCACAAACGUGACGUCUUUAUUAAUUUCGGCAAAGGUCAACGACACUUCUUUGAGGGUAAAUCUGACCCAUCCAACUGGGACUAUCUUGCAGCUGUUCUCCGUCAAUUACGAAGAAAAUCUAAAUCUGCUGGAGCGCAGUUCACAAACCAGGAGGAGUUCGAGCAAUACACAAAGGAGGAGGCAGAGAAGAAUUUGUUUGGGUGA